AUGACAGUUCGGGCAUCGACACGAAUCAGCAUCCGCUGGCCACCUGCCGCAGCCUCAGAGCCUACUGAUACCCUUGUCCUCAGUAUAGGGGACUAUUAUGUCGACCUGAGAGUGACAAAGGCGGACCAGAGCAUUGACUGGGCUCUUGCCGGUCAACGCCUCGUGCUGUCGGAGAAUCCACUCAAGGUGAAAUUCACGCAUCCUUUGGACUCGCAUUAUGUCGCUGGCGAAGAAGAAGGAGAACCCGACAUCGGCGAAUUUACAAAACUCCCGAACGGCGAUGAUCUCGAAACCGGAGUUAUGACCGCACCUCACCUAGGCGGGAAAAUCAUGCCAUACGAGGAGAUUUGGCGAGAGCUAGACCCUGGAGUUGGUCAAGCCGGCGAUGGUAGUGAUGGUAAGACUUCUUCAUGGAUUCUGGAGAGCGUCGAUCCGUCAAGCGAUGCCGAGGCCACCAGACUGUCGAAGUCCUACUAUGCCAGGGGAGGAAAGUUCUUCCUGGCAUUACGCCAGGUGAAUAUCACGAGUCCCCCGUCCAUCAGUGUCUCCGCCAUUCGCCAAGAUUGGGAUGCAGACAAAUCGGCCUGGGUUACCAAAUACGCGAUUGGAAACGUCGAUGGGUUGUUCAGUCUAGGAACCGGAACAGAUGGUGCUGGCGAUUGGAAGGUUGGCGAUGAGGUCAAAAUCGGGCUCGAAGGAGAGCGCUGUAUUGUCAGGGCAUUGGAUUAA